AUGUGCAAAAUACAACAAAGGAUCUACAAGUGCAAUCACAGCUCUGAGCACCACAUCAGCAAUUGCCUAAACCACACGCCAUGCAAUGCGCAACAAGCUUGGAGUGGCUACGCCGAAGUCAUCAUCUGGAUGGCCCUUAAGUGCCCCACAUGCCAAUUCGAAGCUCAAAAAGCCAAGUACAUGAAUGAAUAUAUGGAUGCGAUGUGCUCGACACGGGAUCUCCGAGCCAGAAAUAUGGCAAGGACGAGGCGCGAUGACCUGACUGAGGCGCUUGAAUUGAGGUAUCCACAAAUGCCACUCAUAAUCAGCCAGAAAAAGCGACCUGGUCUCAGGAAGCAUCUGGAGUUCGGGCCCAGACGAUCGCGGCUCUGUCAAUCCAUGACACCUGAUGAUUGCGAGGUCAAGCGGCCGUUUGAUAUUAAUAUUACCGAUGAUGUGGAAGCCGAGGAGAGCCAGGAGGUCGGUCCGGAUGGCGAAUGUCAUGACGUUCCCAUGUCGGACGUUGAGAAUUGCAUUCGAGCUGAGGUCCACGAGAAGCCAAACGUGAAUGACGCGCAGCAAGGCGCAGAUGACGAGGAUCAGGAGAAUGACCGAUCAGCCGAGACUUCGACUGCAGCAGAAUAUCAGCCCGCUGUAGAGCUCUCACCAACCAGACCGACCAUCGCGAAAGUGGUAUACUGGAAGCGGAAGGACGGCGUUAAAGAGAUCCGCGACUACUGGAAAGAAAAGGAGAGUCCAAAACUCCCAACGACGUGUCAGUCUGCACUGCCAAGUCUCACGGCAUGUCAAGCGGCAAGGAUACCGCCGAGCGGAAACGAAGAGAUGUACGACUCGAGGUGGAGAGGCAGCGAUGGCAUGAGAGUCAACUCUCUUGGCAACGCUGAGCAGCCUCGUCACAAGCCAUUACGCCCCGACAACAGCAAGAAAUCCGAGAACCCGAUGAGGGAGUACUGGCGGCGGAGAGAUAGUGGCGAACAAAUGUGGUGA